UGUCCAAGGCUUCCUGAACGCAACAUUGUCUCUGACGGCUUCCUUAAUGCAACAUUGUCUCUGACGGCCGCAGCAGACUUCUGCUAUUUUCAUGACGUUUUGGUAUGUCCAAGGCUUCCUGAACGCAACAGUGUAUUUGCUAUUUCCGACAUUCCUUGACCGCAUCUCUUCUACGGUGUUUGGCCGCCAUGGAAAGAAAAGUACUCGCCAUGCAGGCCAGGAAGAAAAGGACAAAGCAGCGCAAACCUGGCAGAAAACCAGAGCCACAGGGUUCCAAGCUGAGUCAGACGGACUCACCUGGCCCGGAUCAGGAUGAGGAGAUCCUGGGCUCUGAUGACGACGAGCAGGAGGACCCCGGUGACUACUGCAAGGGUGGCUAUCACCAUGUGAAGAUUGGAGAUCUUUUCAACGGAAGGUACCAUGUGAUCCGGAAGCUGGGCUGGGGUCACUUCUCCACUGUGUGGCUGGCUUGGGACAUCCAGGAGAAGCGCUUUGUGGCCAUGAAGGUUGUGAAAAGUGCUGAACAUUACACAGAGACCGCUCUGGAUGAGAUCAAGCUGCUCAAAUCUGUGCGAAACACAGACCCCAGUGAUCCCAGCAGAGAGCGAGUGGUGCAGCUUCUGGAUGACUUCAAAAUUUCUGGCAUGAAUGGCACUCAUGUGUGCAUGGUGUUUGAGGUGCUGGGGUACCACUUACUGAAAUGGAUCAUCAAGUCCAAUUAUCAAGGGCUGCCCCUGCCAUGUGUUAAGAGCAUCAUUAGACAGGUCCUGCAGGGUUUGGACUACCUCCACACUAAAUGUAAAAUUAUCCACACAGACAUCAAACCAGAGAACAUUCUUCUAACCGUAGAUGAGCCUUACAUCAAGAAAAUGGCCGUUGAAGCGACACAGUGGCAGAAGACCGGUGCUGCGCCACCAUCUGGUUCUGCCGUAAGUACUGCUCCUGCACCCAAGAUGAUGUCCAAGAUGUCUAAGAACAAAAAGAAAAAAAUGAAGAAGAAGCAGAAGAGGCAACUGGAGGUGGGAGGAGGUGUGACAACUGAAGGUGAAGAUAAAGAAGAGGAUGCCACAGAAACAAGUGACUCUGCCAACAUGUCUGCCACUCUGCCCAACGACACCCAUCAUCCUAUCAAAGAAUCGCUACACCAACAGAUGAAAGAGGCAAGCAUACACACAGAGGCCGCUAAUGAGGAGAACAACAUGGAGGUCAACGGCCACACCGCCAGCCCUGAAAGCCAUGAACAUGCAACCAAGCAUGUAGGCCAUCAAGAGGACCUUCAGACCGAUAACGCUCCCUCUGGUGAACUUGAAAGUCAGCAGGAGGAGAAGCAGGAUCCUGCUUUCCUCAGCUCAGAAGGGGUCACCUCAGAACAAAAUGAUGUAGUCAAAACUGACAAGAAAGAGGAGAUGGACACUCAAGGAAAGAAUGAAAGCGCUGGUAAAGAUGAAGAAAUCUCCCAGAAUGAAUCAUCCAGUAGCUUGUUAGUAGACCCCCUGGACCCUCUGAAUGCUGACAAGUUGCAGAUUAAGAUUGCUGACCUUGGAAAUGCCUGCUGGGUGCACAGGCAUUUCACAGACGACAUCCAGACCCGUCAGUAUCGUUCACUGGAGGUGCUGCUUGGAUCCGGCUACAGCACACCAGCAGACAUUUGGAGCACGGCCUGUAUGGCCUUUGAACUGGCCACCGGAGACUACCUGUUUGAACCACACUCAGGAGAAGAUUAUUCUAGAGAUGAAGAUCACAUAGCUCUGAUCAUUGAGCUGCUUGGUAAAGUACCCCGAAAGCUGAUUAAGGCGGGAAAGUACUCCAAGUUGUUCUUCACCAAGAAAGGUGACCUCCGAAACAUCAGCAAACUGAAGCCGUGGGCUUUGUUGGACGUGUUGGUGGAGAAGUACGAGUGGUCCAAAGAGGAGGCCCACACCUUCAGCAGCUUUUUGCAGCCCAUGCUGGACUUGGUACCUGACAGGAGGACCACGGCGCUCCAGUGUCUCUCUCAUCCGUGGCUAGCAUCCUAGGAGCCUUGGACUGUGUUUGCACUCCUUGGCCUUCAGGUCCACACUCUGUGAAGACUGCAGCCCAGUCCCUGAAGGAUCCACCAAAUCAUCUUGCUUUGGACUUUAGCUCCUUUUUCUACAGCAUCUCACUCUAUUUAGGUAACAUUGACUUCAACAAGGAGCGUUCACAAUCUGUGCAUGUCACUCAUUGCGCUCCAGGUCAUCAAUGACAAAACGGGACUUGCAAGAUGUGCUACAAGAGGACGGCACAACACAAUGUUUUGUCUGAUAAAAGUUACUCUCUAGACAUUAAAACAUGCUAACCACCUCCACUCUGCUCUCAACUAUUCAAAAAAACACUCAGGUAAUUUUUACCUGCAUGAAAGAUUGUUUUAUUCAUGCAAAAACUGUUCAGAAGGAAGGCAAUUCAUAUGGCCUCAUUCGUUUACCUGACACAUGCAAGGUGACAAAUUGGGGAGGCGCACCUAAGUCGCCUGACGGCAGAGUCUUGAAUAUCUUAAAAUGUGUUUUGUGGCAAGUCCAACUAUGACCAGAGCGUCAGUUGCUAUGGAAAAUGGCACUUUCCAUUAUUUCCAGUAGACUGCAUUGCAAAAUUGAUUUACCCCCUUCUUUCUCUCUUGCAAGCCACCCAGGAAUUAAUAUCUUCCUUACUGUACAGGUGCCCCUCCCCAUCCAUACUGUACAAGUCCCCCUCCCCUCCAUCCAUACUGUACAAGUCCCCCUCCCCUCCAUCCAUACUGUACAGGUGCCCCUCCCCAUCCAUACUGUACAAGUCCCCCUCCCCUCCAUCCAUACUUUACAAGUCCCCCUCCCCUCCAUCCAUACUUUACAAGUCCCCCUCCCCAUCCAUACUGUACAGGUGCCCCUCCCCAUCCAACAACACAUUGGCUGUGUUUUCUGU